CGGCAGCGGCAACAGCACAUGGUUCCAAGCGCGCGCUGCGGUUGUUGGGUUCCAAUUCCGUGGGGAGGGACAAAGGCAGCUGCGAGCGCCCGGCAACGCCCGGUCGGGUCGUGCGCUUGCCAUUGCCCUCUAUCCUGGCUUUAAGUCUGGACUGACUCCUCUUCUUGAGGAGGAGGCCACGGGACCGAGGCCUGGGAAGGUCCCGAGAGGCUGAGGCCGCUGUCUGAGGGAAGCGGGGGAGGGGCGCGGUCCGCCUGCGGUGAUUUGGGCGGGUCGCCUCUGAAUGAGGAAAUUUAGUGGGCCAGUGUGAGGUCAUUUGGCCCAGGAGCGUGAAGAAAUUGGGGCGAGACUACAAACUGGGCUUAGGCCGGGCUUUGGAAAAAAAAAAAAAAUGUCUGUCAGCGCUUAAGUGGCCUUUCAGUUGGGAGGUGGUGAAGCACUCCGUCGACGACGUGUUUGCCAUCCUAGGGCCCCUUUAAGGAUCCUGAGAACAGGUGUUGAAGACAUGGGUGACUGUCAAAUUUUAUGACGGAAGUUGGUGAAUUUCCGGAUUGUAAAUUUCCCGAUCAUAGGAAAUUCAGGGGAAUAACAGCAGCAACAAAGAUUCAAGGCUCAACGUGAAGAUGGAGAAGUAAUAAACAGCUAACUCCAGCACCAUCUAUCUACUUCAGGACCUCCUACCUUCUUCAGAAUUGAACUACCGCCAUUUAACGCUAAAAACUCCUUAGGAAUAUAGAUUUAUGACGUAGUUCUUUCCAAAAUAUUACAUCAUAGUUGUUGAGAAGAUUAAUAAAACAUUUAAAGAAGAAAACAAUUGUUGGUUUAGACAUCUGUUUACAUUUUGGAUAGAGAUAACUUCAUUUAACUGUUUUAAGGAGCACAGACUUACCGAACCUUUACUGGACAGAAUCCUGGAAAAUCUAUUCCAUUGUAAGGUUAUACUUCACAGUUAGUGGGUAAAGAACUGCGACCUCGCUGCAGUCAUGGCUUUCACAAAUUACAGCAGUCUGAAUCGAGCUCAGCUAACCUUUGAAUAUCUGCACACAAAUUCGUAAGUAUCAUAGAUGCCGCAGAGGUAACCAAUAACGAAUUACUUGAUAUUAGUGUGGAAAUCCUUCCCCAGAAAAUUUCUUACUUUCUGGGAUGUAUCUAUCACUGGAGUGAGAUGUAUCACAGCAUGAGUAUUGAACUUUGAAUUGAAGCAAUGAGAUCAGUGAAAUAUUUGUUGCUAAUCCGGAAGAAUCUGACCUUCGUUUAUUGGAUCAAAGUUUUCUAAAUGCAAACUUUAGUUAUUUCAAGUCAAUAUAUUGAAUUUUUUGUUCAAGUGUUUGAUAGGAAUCCAACAAGUACUGCUCUUUGGAUCACCAAAAGUUGGACCAUUUCAGGAUCAACUUUUUUCUGCUCUUUAGUGUCAACAGCCAGAACAGUUGGGUUAUAACAGCUCCUGUAAAGAGGGGAAAAAGAGAUUGAAGACACAUAGCUACAGUUGGCGAGAAGAAAAUGUUUAUUAUUUUUUUCUGUGAAUCUUUUCCUGGGAAGUUGGUCCCUACAUCCAAUGUAGUUUGUAUAUGUUAAGCAGGAAAUGCCAGCUUGUUUAAAUCCUUGAUUUAAAUAAUCUUACCCCCUCCUCAAGAUGUGUGCAAAUCAGAGAGCUAGAACACAUACUAUGUUCAUGGUUCUUGACUUCAUGAAGAAAUCACCUUCACUCCAGUUUGGUCUUGGAAUAUUUUGGGAAAUCCGUAUGCCUGUUCUCUUGAAAGUGAGCCACUGGGGUUAAAACUAACCUAUUUUAGUACAUUUCACCUGUUAUUUUUGAGAUCAAGGUAAACUGUAGUUUUAGUACCAGAAGAGGUGAUGAGCAGCUAAGCGUAUGACGCACAGUUAUCUGAAGAACCAUCUUCAGGAUUGAAUGCGUAGAUAGUGGUACAGUGAUUUUAGCCUUAUAUGGAAAAGACAGUAUGUUAUACGUGAUUCCUUAAUGUUAUAUAUUUUUUUGUUUGCUAUUUUUCUCAAGGAAAUAAAAGUUUUUUUCUGAGUAGUUGAGUGACUUGCCAAAAUUGAGAGUCUGGUUUUGCUUUAUUUAGGAAGCUUAUUAUUGAACAUUUUAUUGGAUGUUUUAGAGAAAGGUUUUAGAGGUUGUGUAGGCAAAUUUUCAGGCUUAGGGAUGAUGAACCUGAAAGCCCAGUUGGAUGAGAUGGCUGAUGAAAGGUUACUCACCUAGCUGAUAGCACAGCCUUGGGCAAAAUCUUGUGUCCUUUUUUUCAAUUUAAAUUGCCUUAGAUUGUUGACAGGUGAUUGUGUUUGAUAUAUGUAGUUAUCUCAGUUCUGAGUUUUGGAAUGACAGGCGAGAGUUCAAACAGGCAAAUAUGGUUAAACCCACUGCUUUUGAGUUGAUUCCAAUUCGUAGCUACCCUAUAGGACAGAGUAGAACUACCUCAUAGGAUUUCCAAGGCUGUAAAUCUCACGGAAGCAGACUGCCACGUCUUUCUCCCGUGGAGCGGCUAAUGGAUUUGAACCGUGAAUGUUUCUGUUAACAUUCAAGUGCCUUAACCACUGUGCCACCAGGGCUCCUUCAGAUAUGGUUGAAAAUAUUUGAUGAUCUUGGAAGACCAUGAACUGGACUUCUCUACAAAGAUUUAAUGUGAUAAUAGAACUACUCAUGAAUUCUUGUUUGGUGCUCUUGCUGAACUGGUUGAUAAUGCAAGAGAUGCUGAUGCCACCAGAAUAGAUAUUUAUGCAGAGAGUAGACUAUGGAUCCAUUAGACUGAGCUCCAUGAGGACAGCAUCACAUCUGCGUUGUCCACUGUGUCCAUCGCAGAGCCUGGCACACAGGAGGAGCUCAGUAAGCAUUCAUCAACUAAAUGAGUGAUUGUGAUAAGCACUGUAGCCAGAUGAAGACACUUGACCAUCUGUUUAUAUAAAGUUGAAGAAGUUACUACUCUGCCGGCCCAUCUAUUUUGGUCCUGAGGUGGGGUUACAUGUGACCAUGGACCUGGACAUCCUUUUACAAGAUGUCAGUUGCUAUGUGGCUACAAAGAUUCCUUCUCCGUCAGAUGAAGAACUAUCUUUGCAUGGGUCUCUUACUCAUAACCCACAUGAAAAAGCUUUGAAAAAAGUCUUUGAGCUGGAAAGAGAUCUCAGACCCACCGUAAAGUGGUAACCAUGUGCUAAAACAUCCUGCAAGUUCUCCCUAAGAAUCAACUUCCUAGAAAGGAGAGAGGACCUUCGAGGAGGAUUCAUGCUUUGCUUCUUGGAUGAUGGAGCAGGAAUGGAUCCAAAUGACGCCGCCAGUGUGAUCCAGUUUGGGAAAUCGGCUAAGCGAACACCCGAGUCCACCCAGAUUGGGCAGUACGGGAAUGGGUUAAAAUCGGGCUCAAUGCGCAUCGGGAAGGAUUUUAUCCUUUUCACUAAGAAGGAAGACACCAUGACCUGCCUCUUCCUGUCUCGCACCUUUCAUGAGGAGGAAGGCAUUGAUGAAGUGAUUGUCCCAUUACCCACCUGGAAUGCCCAGACCCGGGAGCCUGUCACAGACAACGUGGAGAAGUUUGCUAUUGAGACAGAACUCAUCUACAAGUACUCCCCCUUCCGCAAUGAGGAGGAUGUGAUGACCCAGUUCAUGAAGAUUCCUGGGGGCAGUGGAACGCUGGUGAUAAUCUUUAAUCUCAAACUCAUGGAUAAUGGAGAGCCGGAGCUAGAUAUAAUCUCAAAUCCAAGAGACAUCCAGAUGGCAGAGACCUCCCCAGAGGGCACGAAGCCAGAGCGGCGGUCAUUCCGUGCCUAUGCUGCCGUGCUGUAUAUUGACCCCCGGAUGAGGAUCUUCCUUCACGGGCACAAGGUGCAGACCAAGAGGCUCUCCUGCUGCCUAUACAAGCCCAGGAUGUACAAGUACACGUCAAGCCGCUUCAAGACCCGUGCGGAGCAGGAAGUGAAGAAAGCAGAGCAUGUGGCGCGGAUCGCUGAAGAGAAGGCAAGAGAGGCGGAGAGCAAAGCUCGGACUUUAGAACUACGCUUAGGAGGAGACGUCACGCGGGACUCCAGGGUGAUGUUGCGGCAGGUGCAGAACACGGCCAUCACUCUGCGCAGAGAGGCUGAUGUGAAGAAGCGGAUUAAGGAAGCCAAGCAGCGAGCACUUAAAGAACCUAAGGAACUCAAUUUCGUUUUUGGGGUCAAUAUUGAGCACCGGGACUUGGAUGGCAUGUUUAUCUACAACUGUAGCCGCCUGAUCAAGAUGUAUGAGAAAGUGGGCCCACAGCUGGAAGGCGGGAUGGCAUGUGGUGGGGUUGUUGGGGUUGUUGACGUCCCCUACCUGGUCCUGGAGCCUACACACAACAAGCAAGACUUUGCUGAUGCCAAGGAGUACCGACACCUGCUACGGGCGAUGGGGGAGCACCUGGCACAGUACUGGAAGGACAUCGCCAUUGCCCAGCGAGGAAUCAUCAAGUUCUGGGAUGAGUUCGGCUACCUCUCUGCCAACUGGAACCAGCCCCCAUCCAAUGAGCUGCGUUACAAACGCCGGAGAGCUAUGGAAAUCCCAACCACCAUCCAGUGUGAUUUGUGUCUGAAGUGGCGGACUCUCCCCUUCCAGCUGAGUUCUGUGGAAAAAGAUUAUCCUGACACCUGGGUGUGCUCCAUGAACCCUGAUCCUGAGCAGGACCAGUGUGAGGCUUCUGAACAAAAGCAGAAGGUCCCCUUGGGGACAUUCAGAAAGGACCUGAAGACUCAAGAAGAGAAGCAGAAGCAGCUGACAGAGAAAAUUCGCCAGCAGCAGGAGAAGCUGGAGGCCCUGCAGAAAACCACACCCAUCCGUUCCCAAGCUGACCUGAAGAAAUUACCCUUGGAAGUGACCACCAGACCUGUCCCUGAGGAACCUGCACGUAGACCGCAGCGUCCUCGGUCACCCCCUUUACCUGCUGUGAUCAAGAACGCCCCAAGCAGACCACCUCCCCCACUGGCUCUCAGGCCAACCAGCCAGCUGCGGAGGUCUCCUGUCACCAGCAGUGCCCUGAAGCCUCCUGUCCUGGCAGCUGGGGAGGAGGCCAGUACUUCCAGGCUGCUGCCAUCACCCGAGGCCCCCCGGAAGCCUGCUAACACACCAGUCAAGGUUGUGCCCCGGCCCACCCCUCUGGUGCUGCCACAAUCACCAUCUCUGCCGAACUCCAAGAUCCUUCGGGAGACUCCCGUCCCCAGAGCCAUUAAGACUCCAGUCGUCAAGAAGCCAGAGCCACCCAGUAAACUCUCUCCGGCUACCCCUGGCCGGAAGCGCAGUUUUGGGGUCUCCGAUGAGGAAGAGGCUGAGGAAGAGGCUGAGAAAAGGAAGGAGAGGUCCAAGCGGGGCAAGUUUGCUGUGAAAGAGGAAAAGAAGGACUCAAAUGAGCUGUCAGACAGUGGUGGGGAAGAGGACUCAGCUGACCUUAAGAGGGCUCAGAAAGAUAAAGGGUUGCAUGUGGAGGUUCGUGUGAACAGGGAAUGGUACACAGGCCGUGUCACAGCUGUGGAGGUGGGCAAGCUUGUGGUGCGGUGGAAGGUGAAGUUUGACUACGUGCCCACCGACACGACACCCAGAGACCGCUGGGUGGAGAAAGGCAGCGAGGACGUGCGGCUCAUGAAGCCCCCAUCUCCAGAGUAUCAGAGCCCUGACACACAACAGGAGGGUGGGGAGGAGGAAGAGGUGGUGGCAGUGGCCCCCCCGCAGGCUGUAGCCGUGGUGGAGCCCUCCACUUCUGACUGCAUCCCCAUCGAGCCGGACACCACCGGCCCCAGCACCAACCACGAAACCAUCGACCUGCUCGUCCAGAUCCUCCGGAAUUGUUUACGCUAUUUCCUGCCUCCAAGUUUCCCCAUCUCCAAGAAGGAGCUGAGUUCUAUGAAUUCAAAUGAGCUAAUAUCAUUUCCUCUGAAAGAGUACUUCAGGCAGUAUGAAGUGGGGCUGCAGAAUCUGUGCCACUCCUACCAGAGCCGUGCUGACUCUAGGGCCAAGGCCUCCGAGGAGAGCCUGCGCAACUCUGAGAAGAAGCUUCGUGAAACGGAGGAGAAGCUGCAGAAGCUGAGGACCAACAUCGUGGCGCUCCUGCAGAAGGUGCAGGAGGACAUAGAUAUCAACACCGACGACGAGCUAGAUGCCUACAUCGAGGACCUCAUUACCAAGGGGGACUAAAGGGGCGAGGCAUCAGCCCCUGCCCCACCUGCCCCUUGAGGCAGCACCUCCACUGGGGUAGUGUUUUGUUCAUGGGUUGGUGGACUUACCUUGGUUUGACUCACAUGGGACAUGUAUGCUUUUGGAGGGAAAGAUACUCUUAAUCUUUCGAAUCUGCCUCCCUAAGUUUAUAAAUAUUUAUUUUUUAAAAGAAACAA